CUAUUAGCUGGGGCGCGCAGCCCGCCCCUUCUUUUCUCCAGCGCGGUGGUGGAGGGAAACGACAUCACAUUUACUGAAUUUAUAUGGUCAGAAAUCUGUUUAAUCAAGGACAAUUGACAACAAAUUUGAGAGGGGCUUGGAGAACACAUACCAGGAAUGGAUUCUCUCAACUAUGCAACGGUAUCUGAUUCAGCUGUGGAAAUUGAGAAUCAAAGUGAUAACUCUUCCUCUGGUAGCAGCUUAUUUAAAACUCAGUGUGUUCCUAUCCCACCUAAAAGGAGGCAAAGAAACCCUAUUAGAAAAUUUGUUCACAAACCUGAAAGUACUCAAGCAAGAGAUUCGUCUAGUGACUCAUCUAUAGAGCCAAGACCAUUGACUUUAAAAGCUAUUUUUGAAAGAUUCAAAAAAAAGAAACGUAAAAAGAGGAAAUACAAGCCAACGGGAAGAUCAAGGGGAAGACCAAAAGGAAGGAGAAACACUAGAAGCUCACAAAUAAAUAAGAAACAAUUUAAAGACAAAGGACCUGGUUUCCCAUUUUUAGAAUCAGGAAAUGGAAGAAAACCAUUACCUUGGAGAAAAAUUUUAACCUUUGAGCAAGCAGUGGCAAGAGGAUUUUUUAACUACCUUGAAAAACUGAAGUAUGAAUACCAUCUCAAGGAAUCCUUGAAACAAAUGAAUGUUGGUGAAGAUUUAGAAAAAGAAGACUUUGAUAGUCGUAGAUACAGAUACUUGGAUGAUGAUGGAUCUAUCUCUCCUAUUGAAGAGUCAGCAGCAGAGGAGGAGAUUGCAACAAACCUUGAACAUGAUGAAUGUGAUAUUAAAUUGGUGGAGGAUAAUUAUUUCAUAAUAAGUUCUGAAUUACCAAAGAAGAAGAAUGUAUAUUUGGAACAAGAGGAAAAUACUGAAGAAGCUGCACUGCCUAAAAAGAGAGCAUCAAAAUCCAAAACACUGGACAGAGGACAGAAUGGCCUGAAAAUAGAUAGGAUUAUGACUACCAGACAAGGCUCAUGAGUAAAAACUGGAUAUAACAAGGCUUUUCAGUAUUAGAAAAGAUGAAGGGAUAAAUAGCAACGUACUUGCUAUGUUUAAUUUCUAGGGUCCUAAAGUAAAUCGCUUGAGGAAAUUGGAUCCCAAAGAUUACAGGGCUGACUCACACGAUAACUUCUUUUUGAAAGGGCUACUUUAUCUUGAAGAUUAUGAGUUUGGAGGAACUAAGGUGAUUGGCAGUGGAAAGAAUCAGAACAUGUGAAAUUCCUUAAAAAUUUAUUGACUUAAAUAACUUUGUGUUACACGUAAUUAAAAAAAACCCUUUACACUUUGUGCAGAAAGUCAGCAUA